AUGUUAUCAUCAGCUACAGUUUCAGUGUUACUUUGCUUGUGCGUGAAUUGGGUUUUCUUGAUCCUUCUCGUACUUCUUGUUGCUCAAACUGAAGCUCAAGCUACUACAGCUCCUAUUGAAGUGAGAGCAUUGAAUAUAAUUUUUGAAAAAUGGGGGAUUUCUGCAAAUCAAAAUCAAUGGAAUAUAAGUGGAGAUCCAUGUAGUGGAGCGGCCAUUGACGACUCCAUUGCGGUUGAUGCCGAUGGUUACAACCCAUUUAUCAAAUGUGAUUGUUCUUACAACAAAAACAUUCUUUGCCACAUUAUCGAGAUGAGAGUUUACGCACUGGAAGUUGCUGGUGUGAUCCCAGAGGAGCUAUGGAGUUUGAAUUUCCUCAUAAAAAUGGACGUGGGACAAAAUCUCUUGUCUGGUCCACUGUCUCCAUCUGUAAGAAAUCUAAGAGAAAUAAAAUACCUGGACUUGGGCAUUAAUUUAUUAUCUGAGCAGCUUCCAAAAGAGCUUGGCAUGCUUUCUGAGUUAGUGUCACUAAGUAUUGGCCGAAACAACUUCUCUGGUCCUGUGCCACCUGAGCUUGGUAAUCUGUCAAAAUUAGAGCAUUUAAAUAUUGACAGUUCUGGAAUUAGUGGUGAGAUUCCUUCAAGCUUUGCUAAUCUAAGGAACCUGGAAACAGUGUGGGCAUUUGACAUUGAACUAACAGGAAGGAUUCCUGACUUCAUAGGAAAUUGGUCAAACCUUACUACCUUGAGGUUUCAAGGAAACUCAUUUGAAGGGCCGAUACCAUCAUCCUUUUCCAAUCUUACCUCUCUAAAAGAGUUAAAUGUAGGAGAAUAAGACUUAUUCAAUGGGAGCUCAUCGUUGGCAUUUAUAAGGAAUAUGAAAUCUUUAACCAUCUUAGAACUAAGGAAUAACAAAAUUUCUGGCUCAAUUCCCUCUGAUAUUAACCACUACUGGAGUUUGCAGUAUCUGGAUCUUAGUUUCAACAAUAUACGUGGACAGAUUCCUAGAUCGCUUUUCCAGUCGUUUAUGUUGACUCACCUGUUUCUUGGAAAUAAUAGGUUAACUGGCACCCUGCCUACCUAUAAAAGUGGGAAACUUCUCAAUAUAGAUGUGUCAUACAAUAAUUUAUCAGGCAGCAUUCCUUCUUGGAUAAACAGACAAAAAUUACAACUAAAUUUAGUUGCCAAUAACUUCACUCUUGAAAGUAACAACAGUUUUUUGCCAUAUGGUCUAAAAUGUCUCCAACGCAGUUUUCCUUGCAAUCGAGGUUCUCCAAUCUAUUCUAGCUUCGCUAUUAAGUGUGGUGGGCCACAAAUUACAUCUAAUAAUAUUUUUUAUGAGAUGGAUGAUGAGAUUCUUGGUCCAGCUACAUACUAUGUGACUGAAACAAACAGAUGGGGAAUUAGUAAUGUUGGAUAUUUUACUGGGACCGAUAAUCCGCGGUUUACAAUUUCCUCUCAGUUUCAAUUCACAAAUACUCUAGACUCAGAACUUUUCCAGACAGCACGGAUUGCCGCUUCAUCUCUAAGAUACUAUGGUUUAGGACUUGAAAAUGGAAACUACACUGUAACUCUCAAGUUUGCGGAAAUAGCUGAUCUGGAUACUACUGGGAGGAGAAGUUUUGGGAGGCGUGUUUUUGAUAUAUACAUUCAGGGAAAUCGUGUUGAAAAGGACUUUGACAUAAAAAGGGUAGCAGGUGGAGUCCCUAGAAGAGCAGUUCAGAGAGAAUAUACUGCUAAGAUAUCUGAAAACUACUUGGAAAUCCACUUUUUCUGGGCAGGGAAAGGGACUUGCUGUAUUCCUACCGAUGGUACAUAUGGACCUUUAAUUUCUGCCAUCAGUGCUACCCCAGAUUUCAAACCUACUGUAAGACCUCCAAGUGGACCAAGUCCAACCACUAAGAAGAAUCUAAUAGUGGGGAUUAUUGUUGGUGUUGGGGUUGUAUCUCUGUUACUUCUUGCAGUUUUCUUUAUUGUCCAAAGAAGAAGGCAACAGACUAAUGAUGAUGAGCUUCUAGGGAUAGAUGUUAGACCAUACACUUUCAGUUAUGCUGAACUAAGGACUGCUACAGGAGGCUUCAUUCCUGCAAAUAAGCUUGGAGAGGGAGGAUUUGGACCAGUUUAUAAGGGAACACUUCGUGAUGGAAGGGUCACUGCUGUGAAGCAAUUGUCUAUAGCAUCCAACCAUGGGAAGAGCCAGUUUGUUGCAGAAAUUGCUACUAUAUCUGCUGUGCAGCACCGUAACCUAGUAAAACUUCAUGGAUGUUGUUACGAGGGAACACAACGAAUCCUUAUUUAUGAACAUCUUGAAAACAACAGUCUUGAUUAAGCACUAUUUGGAAAAGGAAGUUUGGAUCUUAACUGGUCGAUGCGUUAUGAUAUUUGUUUGGGAGUAGCAAGAGGUCUGGCUUAUCUUCAUGAAGAGUCGAGGCUUCGAAUCAUACACAGAGAUGUGAAGGCCAGUAAUAUUUUGCUUGAUGGUAAUCUCAUCCCAAAAAUAUCAGAUUUUGGUUUGGCCAAACUUUAUGAUGAUAAGAAGACCCACAUAAGCACCCGUGUUGCAGGGACAAUUGGAUAUCUUGCACCGGAAUAUGCCAUGCGUGGACAUCUAACAGAGAAGACUGAUGUGUUUGCCUUUGGAGUUGUGGCUCUUGAGGUUGUUAGUGGGAGGCCAAACUCAGAUUCAAGCUUGGAAGAAGAGAAGAUGUAUCUUCUUGAUUGGGCUUGGCACCUAUACGAGAACAAUCGCCAACUCGAACUAGUGGAUUCCAAAUUAUCAAUAUUCAGUGAGGAAGAAGUAAUACGCCUAAUAGGGGUAGCUCUUUUGUGCACUCAGACAUUGCCCUCAUCGAGGCCAUCGAUGUCCCGUGUGAUUGCAAUGCUUUGUGGAGAUAUUGAAGUGAGUACAGUGAAUUCCAAGCCAGGAUACUUGACUGAAUGGACAUUUGAUGAUGCGGCCACCUAUGUUACUGAUGAUACAGCUGAGGAAUUUGAUGAUACAGGUGAAGAAUGUGAUGAUACUAGCAAUUACAUCUCCUCAACAAACUUAAGUACAGUGGAUAAAUCUCCCCAAAGAAGUGCUACUAAAGCCCUUCUCCAUUGA